AUAGUUUUUAUUUUUUAGAAAAAAUGUUUCUGAUUUUGUUUAUCAGUGCUGUGAGCGGGUUCAAGAUAAAUAGUAUGAUAGAUCUGACCCACCCUGUAGAUGAAAAUACAAUAUCUUGGCCAGUUGCAACUAAAUUUACAGCCAAGCAGGUCUAUAAAAAUAUAACAGAUGGAGGAUACUGGUACGAAAACAGAGACAUCAGUUCAUCAGAGCACUCGGGAACUCAUCUUGACGCUCCAACCCAUCUUAGAGAUACUCAGGGUGGCUGGAGUACUGGUGAUAUUCCCUUGGACAGAUUAUUUGGGACUGCAGUUAAGAUUGAUAUAUCAAAUCAGAGUAGGGAAGAUAUAGACUACAGGAUGAGUGUAGAGGAUAUAUUGAACUGGGAGAAGGAACAUGGAACUAUUCCUGAGAACUCAAUCCUUAUAGUUCACACAGGCAGGGGGAACCUAUACACAAACAGGGUAAAAUAUUUGGGAUAUCCUGCUGGAUUAAAUCUACCUGAGAAUGACACGGAGCACCUUCAUUUCCCUGGAAUAGGAGAACAGGCAGCCAGACUCCUGGUUUCAAGACAGGUUAAAGGAGUUGGAAUAGAUACACCGAGUCUUGAUUAUGGACAAAGCAAGGACUAUAUAGCACACAGAAUACUGCUAGGGGCAAACAUAUGGGGACUAGAGAAUGCUGCAAGGACGGAUGAGCUCCCGGAGACUGGGUUCCAAGUUUACAACUUUGUUCUCAAGCUAUCCGGGGGAUCAGGAGGACCAACCAGAGCUCUAGCUAUCCUUGAACCAGAAACAUCUGGAAGCAAUGGAAGAAUCUGUUCUUUUGCAAUUUUGGGAGUAAUGUUAUUUAAAUUCGUGUGAUUAGAACCAAAUUGAUAUUGAUCGAAAAAAUAUAUUAUUACAACCUUUUUA